AUGAUGAAGUUUAUAGCUUCAAAACUGCGCAAACCUGCCUUUUGGGGGGAAUUUCUGGCAAGACGCCCGGGGGGCCCUGACUCGGUCACUUCUUUGCUCGUGGUGGACCAGCACGACAAUGGCAUCCCCGUCGCGUUCGGGGUGAUUCCAAGUGCAGAGGGUAAGGAAGAUGUCCAGGGUUUCAUCCAGGACGUUGAGGACCUCGCGGGCCGGUCAUCGGCAGGGCCCCGGGCGGCAGGCGUGCCCCCGCUGGCGCCGCGCGGGCGCACUCGGCCGGCGGAGACGGGCAUCGGCGCGGGGACGGCUGGCAUGGCGGCAGUUCAGCUGGAAGAAGAGGAGGACUACUUUGUUAUUGUGGAGUAGUCAUAUAGCGGUGUGUAUGUUUGGUAGCUGUGUUGAGACAUUAGCCCCUUUGUGUUUUUAAGAACCGAGCGAGGGUGUUGACCGGCGAGCCGUUAUCCCCGUUGUUGUUUGUUUUACCAACGUGUGUUUUGCUUUCCUGUUUUGUGGCGAUGGCAAACUUUACUGGCAUUGCGUCGCGCGACGCGUGGUUUUCGCGAUGCAAGCAGAUGGCUCGGGUCCAGGACAAACUCCAUGGCUUUGUUUAUUUCCGUUUACAGCUAGGUUUUCUGUAUUCCUAUAAGUCU